AUGCUCAAGAAAACUACUGCGGCGAAGGCCGACACAUCUGAAAUACACAGACACGCCAAAAGGGUAAAGGUCGACACAAAUUCGGGCGUUGCUGCUGGCAAGGGGCUUGCAACUCAAGGAUCGAACGCAAAACCGAAGGCGGCGGUCCAACCUCGGUUGAUUCCUGUCCCUGCCAAGGGAAAAGGCAAGGAGCGCGCCUCUACACCUGUACCCCACUCCAGAAUUCAGAAAACUGCCUCAAAAAGCUCUGGUUCAGCUUCGUCUUAUACUCUUCCGUCGACAUUUAAAGUUAUUGCCGGAUCUUACGAAAAGCUUCUCUACGGCCUGGAAGGUACAAUCUCGGCAGAAGAGACUGAGCCUACAUUCCACUUGAAACCGAUCUUCAUCUUCCCUGCACAUAUCUCAUGCAUCAGGGCUGUCGCUGCCUCACCACAGGGAGGAAAAUGGCUUGCUACAGGAAGUGUAGACGAGAUUGUGAAGGUGUGGGAUCUCCGGAGGCGGAAGGAGAUUGGCGGUUUGAUGCAACAUGAAGGAUCCAUUACACAUCUUGAAUUUCCGUCUCGCUCGCAUCUGUUGUCCGCGUCGGAAGACGGCACAUUAUCUCUCUUCCAUUCGCGCGAUUGGAGUGUCUUGCGCUCAUUAAAAGGACACAAAGGACGCGUCAAUAGCGUCGCAGUACAUCCCUCAGGAAAGGUCGCCUUGAGUGUGGGCAAAGAUAGGACUCUGCGCAUGUGGGAUUUGAUGCGAGGGAAGGGUUCCGCCAGCACAAAACUUGGGAAAGAGGGAGAGGUCGUAAGAUGGUCGACUGACGGGUCCCUCUUCGUUGUUCUUACUCAGUCUACAAUAGACAUGUACACAACCGACAUGGACCUCCUGCACACAAUCGUUCAUCCCUCUAGACUUCACGAUGUCAGGUUCUGCAAGCGCGUAGUUAGCGAAGGCGAGGUACUCCUAGUGGCUGCCGAAGACAAGAAGCUGUCAAUUUACGACAUCCCCGCCGAGCGGGAGCAGGUUCCUGUCGUAGUGGCAGAAAUGGUCGGACAUACCAACCGAGUCAAGGCAGUGGAUACCCUGUCCGUGGCAUUACCCCCAUCCGUUAGUUCAACCCGAUCAUCGACGACUAUCGUCAGUACGAUAUCUUCGGACGGCAAAAUUCACAUAUACGACCUGGCUGCACUUCCAGCAUCAUCGGAAGAGAAGAUCCAGCUCAACCCCGUCGCUGAGUACGACACGAAAGGUACACGCCUGACCUGUCUUGCCCUAGCAGAUGGCGACAUCGAGAAUAGCUCGAAUGCAACUGGCAAGCGCAAACGACCGGAAGAGGAGGGAGAUCAGAGCGGGGAAGAUGAUGCAGAUUGGGGGUCGCAGCAAGGGGACGAGGAUGAGAAUUUGGGUGUGGUUGUGGACAAUGAGUGA